AUGAAUUAUAAGGAUUUCUUAGAAAUUAGUGCGUAAUUUAGCUUGGGAGGUUUGAUAACUGAAUAAGCUCAUCCACAUACGGUUGGUUUGUCUGAAUUUGCUAAAAAUGAUUUAAAAACUGGAAUCUAGAGAAUGAAAGACUUGGAUAUGUAUGUGUUUGACGUCUUGAUGAACAAAUUGGAUUAAUUAGCACAUAUGAAUCAGAUGGUCUUGGAUACUUGGUCUAAAGGUAAUAGAGUGUUCAUUUGUGGAUGUGGAUCCACAGGAAGACUUGCAUUGACAUUGGAAACUCUAUAUAGAUAAAUCACAAAACAGACUAAUAUAAUAUCAUUUAUGGCAGGAGGAGAUGUGGCUAUUAUAGCAUCAGUAGAAGAUUUUGAAGAUCAUCCUGAAUUUGGAGCUUAGCAAUUGAAUGAAUUGGGCUUUAAAGAGGGAGAUUUAUUAAUAUCAUCGACAGAAGGAGGAGAAACUCCUUGGGUUAUUGGAGCUGCUUAAGAAGCAAGCAAAAUAGGCAAACCAUUUUACUUGUAUUGUAAUCCAGAUGAAGUAUUGACUGUCUAAAGAAGUUAAGAUGUAUUUAACAAUCCGAACAUUAAUAAAAUAAAUCUCUCUGUUGGUCACUAAGCUAUCACUGGAAGUACGAGAAUGCAGUGUUCCACUGUAUUAACUUAUGCCAUAGGUUUAGCCAUUUUAUGCAAAGAGAACUUUAUUGAUUAUGCAACAAACUCAAUUAAAAAUGUUAGACAAUAUUAUGAAUCUAUCGAUGCUCAUGAAUUUAUUGCAAAAUUUGUUGAAUUAGAAGCAGACUGCUAUUUGAAGAAGGAAUUUGUAUUCUAUAGAUCAUAACCAAAUAUUGCCAUCAAUAUCUUAACUGAUACAACUGAGAGAUGUCCAACAUUUAGUUUACAUCCUUUUGAGAGUAUAUUAGAUAAUCCAAUUAAUCCCAGUUGGUCAUAUUUUGUGAUGGAUGUUACUGAAGGAAAUUACAAUAAUUCCUUAUAAGCUUGGGAAUCAUUGCUUUAUGGUAGACAACCAAGAGCGUUGUCAUCAAAUUACUGGCAUAAAUAUUAACAUAAGGUUGGCUUAGAAAAAUUGCUAUCUCACGACAUCAGUUAGGAUCAAAUUGAGAGAAGAAUCAAGUAUGCUGGAGGAAAUCAUAACUAAUUUAGAAUUGUAUAUGAUUAAGACAACUUGGAAAUGUCAUGGGAAUUUCUGUCACCAAAUGCAGAGAGAAUACAUUUUGCAAAGGUUAAGGCCAUUGAUGAUGUGUUAGGACAAAAUAUUGUGUUAAAAUGUCUUAUUAAUAUUCAUUCGACUCUAUUAAUGGGUCGGAUUGGAAGAUAUCAAAGCAAUAUUAUGAUAUACGUUCGACCAACUAAUAAUAAGUUAAUAGAUAGAGCAAUUAGAUAUGUUCUAUAUUUAUUGAAAUAGAAUAACAUUGUUAAUGAAAAUAUUACAUAUGCCUUGGUUUGUGAACAUCUGUUUGAAGAAAUCAAGACUUUAGUUUAUGGGGAAUCUAUUGUUUUAAAAACAUUUGAGAGAGUGAAGAAUUUAUUUUCUUUAUGA